UGGGGCUUCAAACACGCCCAUUUCUGCCUGUCGAAGCCCAGAGCCGUUCAUCAGAUAACAGCAACAGACUUUAUAAACAUGCGUUCUCCCUCGGAUGGACGUAACCGGGAAUAAGCUACAGGACGACGCGGACAUCAGGCGUUUGCUACAGUGUUGAAUGAUGGACCGGGAUCCACUUCGUCAGAACCAAUCAGAACACUGCGAGGCCACCAAUGGAACCAGCCUUUCGACAUCCUCCACCGCGGCUGACCCCUCCACCCCAACAACGCCCACCCCUCCCCGCCUAACCCCCAACCCAAUGCUCCUGGACUGCCCCACUCCUAUGCUGACGCCAACCACCUCCUCUCCCCCUCCCCCUCUCACCCCUGCUCCCUCCGUCACCGCAACUCACAUCCCAAAGGCGGCGUCGGCUCCGUCUCCACACAUCCUCGUCCCCGCUCCACCUAAACUCACCUCCACGGCCGUCCCCGCCCUCCGCACGUACUCUCGCCCAAUCCUUCCCUCCCCGGCAGGUGUCUCCAAAACGUCUUCGUCCUCCACCUCCUCUUUUCUCCCCCCUGCCUCCUCCUCCUCUUCCUCUGCUGUUGUAGCCAGCACCGCCUCGCCACUCCUCCCCUCUCCUUCAUCUUCGGCUUCUUCUGCAACGCACAGCAGCACUGUCAUGGCAACCAAGACCUCCACCAGCCUGACAAACGGGAACACAAGGCCUGUUUCCACGUCGACCUCCACACCCAUCAAGCCCUUUCACACACCAGCGAACCCACCUGGCCGACAGGUAUCACAGACUCAUCCUGUGGGCACACCUGGUCUUGUGCGAGCCAACCAGAUCCCGUCCCCUGUCAGGCAGAGGGUAUCCCAGCAGACCUUGCUCCUGGGGAAAGGUCUCAAAGGGUCUGGCCAAGACCAGGUGCUGCUCAGAGCUCAGAUGCUGAUUCUUACGUCUGCUAUGCGACCUGCCCUGUCCUCCUCUUCUUCCUCCUCCUCCUCCUCCUCCUCUCCUACUUCCUCUAACCCUGCCUCCGCUCAGCUCCAGAGUCUCACCCUGAGGCCUCCUCCCCCCGGGGCCCUCACCAUCCCUCCCUCACUUCGCCUGAAGCCGCCCUCCUCAGUGCCUCCCCCCCUCUCUCGCCCUCACGCCCCCGUCUUCCCCCCUCUCAGGCCGCGACCACAGCCCAGCACCACGGCAACAGAGAGCCCGACCACGCCCAGCCGCCACCUCUCCGUCCCCCCGCCAACUCUUUACUCUCCAGUCCGAGCCGUCCCUCUGAGACCCAGACUUCACUCUCCAAACGGCCACAGAGCGAUGUCACCGCGGCUAAACUCAACCCUCCAACCGAUCGCUGCUGCCCCUUCUAGCCAGUCCUCCUCCAUCCACAGGCCGCUGUCCGGGCUCAAGAGCUGUCCGUUAACUCAAACCAUGCUCAGGCCCAGCCAAUCACAGCACAGCUCUUUGUCAGUAACAAACCCGAUGUCUGUUUCUUCCCAAUUUGAGCGCUCGCCUUCUGCUGCGAGGCAGCUGCAAAUCAUCGCCCUCUCCUCGGGCCGCCAGACGCAAUCCGGCACCUUCACCCACACUGUGCAGUCAUCGCCUCCAAUCGUAGAGUCCCCUGAGCAGUCCAGCCAAUCAAAGAGGACUCUGAGUGGUGAAGACUUGCUUCCUCUUCCUCUAAACCCAACGUUGCCAAAAAACACCUCUCCUCUUUCCUCGCCUCCGUCCCUCCUGAGUCCAGCAUCCCCUCCGAGUCAGGCGGGUCCUCUAACACAAACUCUAACCCAGAAAAGAGAGGCCAAGGAGAGUGAGGAGCAGAGAGAGAGAGCACGAGUAGUGAGACAAGGAAUCAGAGAGGAGGGGGGUGUUGGGAAAGACCUAAAGGUGCAGAAAGAUGACCAAAGAGAGAAAGAGAAGGAGGAGAAAACGCGGCUUUCACCGGGGAAGGAAGCGAGCGCUCAGAAACAGAUACAGGAGGUAGGAAGAGGCAAAGAGGAAGAAGACAUGGAAGUGAUGGAGGAGGGAGAGAGAGGCAGAGCGAGGAUAGAAAGAGGUAAGGAGAAAAAGAUGGAGGAGGAAGAGGAGGAAGAGACUGCUAUGGACCAAUCUGAGAACCUAAACAGUCAGGUUUCCCAUCAGUUCCAGAACACAGAACCAAUCCCAAAGCCUGACACUGUUAAAGACUCCUACGUGGAUCCGAAACCCGUCAAGGGUCUCAUAUCUGCUCCAGUUCCAGCCCCAGUGACACUACCAGUACCAGCUCCAGUCCCAGAGGUGUCUGUCCACAGUCAGAGGCUCUCAGAGUCUCACCGGGACGUCCAGCCGGUCAGCCAUGAGGACUUCUGUGAGAACAUGUCGACACAGUCCGACAACCAGUCAGCGCUCUCCAGCCUCUCCUCUCAGUCUCCGCCCUCCUCGCCCUUCAUCACCCCAUCGGCAGAGCACCCUCCUCCCCUCCUACCAGCUCUGACCGCCCACCCGACCGACCUCAGCCUAUCGCAGCGCGAGGCUGAGAAGGUCGACAAAACGGUCGGAGAACCACAGCAGCACCUCACUGAAGCCGGGACGGAGACAGAGCCUCUCGGCCAAUCAGAAGACGAGUCUGACAGCUUCAGCCAAUCCCUGAACAGCCCCUGGGAGCCGAGGCCGUGGCCUGAGGGACGACAGGUUCUGACCCACCUGGUGGAGGGAUUUGUCAUCCAGGAAGGGCUGCAACCGUUUCCUGUGAACCGUUCGUCCCUCCUCGUUCCAGAGCAGGUGACCAAACCACAGGAAGUAAACGGGACCAAUGGGAAAGCAGCGUCGCCUGUGCCGGACACGGCGAAAAAAGCUGAACACUCCACGGAGUCAGAGGAGGAGGAGGCCGGAGACGUAGACAACCACGGCAACAGGUUGACCCACAGGGACCGGACGGUGCUGCACUGUCAGUUCUGUGGGAAAAGAGGCCACGCCCACAACUUCAUGAGGUCUAAACGCUUCUGCUCCACGUCCUGUGCACGCGGGUUCAACGUUCGUCUGACAAAGCGUCUGCGAGCUCUGAGUGCAGGGAGUCGGUCAGAGAGGCCACGCCCUGUUCUGAACAGGGCGGAGUCUGUUCCUGGGAAACCUCUGUUGCUGCGGCUGCCUCGUGAUCUGUGGCGCGCCGGUCGGCGGGAGAAGGAGGGAAAGGAGAAGGCAGCGGCUGCAGAGGACGAAGAGGAGGAGGACGAUGAGGAGGAAGACAUGGAGGCAGGAGCGGAGGAGGAGGAGGAGGAGGAGGAAGAAGACGACGGUGGAGAGGAGGAUCCAGCUGUUGCCAUGACGGCCAGGAUGGAGCGCCGGGCGGUCCGGAGAGGGAGGAGGGCGUCUGCACCAGCCCUGACCUCCUCCUCCUCAACACCCACGACCACGUUUAAACCCGCCAUCUCCCAGUGGAGCGUGGAGGAGGUGACGGCCUUCAUACACACCCUGCCAGGCUGCAGUGAUGUGGCUGAGGCUUUCCGUCUGCAGGAGAUUGACGGUCAGGCUCUGCUGCUGCUGACCGAGGACCACCUGAUGACCAGCAUGAACAUCAAACUAGGACCAGCUCUCAAGAUCUGCGCUCACAUCAACUCACUGAAAAACCAGUGAGCACACAGACAGAAGGAUUGCAGAGAAGAAACAGAGAAAUUUGAAGGCAAACUGGCGACAAAAACAUGGAAAAAAAGAAGGAAGGAAAAAUCAAAAGCUGACACCAAGGAUGACAGAACAAAGUCACAAAAAGGGUUAAAGGUAAUUUAUGAGAUUAAAAAUCGAGGAGUGGCCUUAGAGGAGGUUAAAGAAGCAUGAAGACACCAGAGUCCAGAGGAAGAUUCAUCAUUUUUUGUCCCUCCGACUGUAGCAGGAGAGCGGGGGUGUUUUUGUAACUUUGUGUACAUUUUACAUGCAGCUGGAGAGUGUACAUUUGAAGCUAUUUCAUGAAGGAUUUUGAACAUUUAAUAUAUAAAUUUGUCUAUUUAGUUUUUUUAGAACGUGACGUCAAUGACAAAAAUAUCCAGUAGCUAACAUAACCAGUGUGUGUAAAAAAAACAAUAAUAAUAAUGAUGAUGAUAGGUAGGCUUUGUAAGUGAUUAAUGAAAGUUUAAUGUUUUAUAUCACUAUAUUCUGGACAAAACAUGUCUGUGGAUUAAAAAAGUCACUAUCAGGGUA